AUGGCGAAUUGUUCAGACGAAAUUGAAAUUCGCGACGUCUGGGCACACAAUCUUGAAUCCGAAGUCGAUUUAAUCUCUCAAGGUCUAAAGAAUUAUCCAUACAUAGCAAUAGACACCGAAUUUCCCGGCACCGUCGAACCAGGACCGGUGCCCCGACGAUAUCACAGCACCACAUAUUCUUCUUUAAUGACCAAUAUCAACUUAACCAAGUUAAUUCAACUAGGAAUCACAAUCGGAGAUGAUAAAGGAAACCUCCCAAAAGUCGAAGGAAGCAAGAAAAGCUGCAUUUGGCAAUUCAAUUUCCAAGAUUUCGACAUCAACACCGACAGAUUCGUGCCCGCCUCCAUCGAGCUUCUUCGCAAUAGUGGCAUAGAUUUCGAAAGGUUUAGAAAAGAAGGGGUUCCAUUGAAGGUGUUUGCAGAAACGAUAAUGAUGUCGGGCGUGUUCUCGAAUGUGUUUGUCCGAUUGAUAAACUUUCAUGGGUCUAGUGAUUUUGGGUAUUUGAUUAAAUGUUUAAGGUGGGAAGAUCUUCCCGAAAAAUAUGAUGUUUUUAUGGAACUUGUUAAGGUGUUUUUCCCUGAUUUUAUUGAUGUCAGUCAUUUGGCGACAAAGUGCCCUGUUUAUGGUGGAUUGGAAACUUUGGCGAGUCUUAUUGGGUUGAAGAGAGUCGGACCUGCUCAUCAGGCUGGAUCGGAUAGUUUACUUACUUAUCGAGUUUGCAUGAGAUUAAAGGAAUCCUAUUGCUCAAAUGAUGUUUUUCUAAGUUCUUUAAAUGUCAUAUAUGGUUUAGAAUCUUUAGAUAAUUAG